AUGGCACCUUCUGAUCGUCUCAAUCAGGUCAACAAGCACCUCAACUACCCGGCCGGCAUGCUGGCCGGCCAAGUGGCCAUCAUCACUGGUGCAGGUCAAGGCAUCGGCGCCGAGGCGGCUCGACUCUUUGCCAACGAAGGCGCAAAGGUCGUUAUUGCGGAUAUCGAUGCGAAAAAGGCCAACGCGGUCGCUGAUGCCAUCAAUGCCGCCGAAGCGGGCCGUGCUUUGGCAGUGGCGGGCGACGUGCUGGAUAGCGACUAUAUCAAAGAACUUGUGAAGCGUACGGCCGAAUUCGGUGGUGGUAAAAUCCACAUUAUUGUGAACAAUGCUGGUUUCACCUGGGACGGUGUGAUCCACAAGAUCACUGAUAAGCAAUGGGAUACCAUGCUAGCAGUGCACAACACUGCGCCCUUCCGGCUGGUGCGAGAGGCUGCGCCAUAUUUCCGAGUCAAGGACCAGGAGCCGCGCAUUGUCAUCAACAUAAGCAGCACGAGCGGCAUUCACGGAAAUGCAGGACAGGCCAAUUAUGCUGUAGCCAAGGCCGGUGUCGUCGGCCUUACUCGUACUAUCGCCAAAGAAUGGGGCCCAGCCUUCGGCGUGCGCUCUAACACCAUUGCCUUUGGUUACGUGACAACUCGUCUCACUGCAGCCAAGGAGGAGGGUGCUUUCAUCACAACUCCAGAUGGCACCAAGGUCGCCCUGGGUAUUCCUGGCAAGCAGCUUGCUACCAAGAAGGGAGCCGAGGAUAAAGCUAAGACCGAGUCCUUCCCCGACAUUCCAUUGAGGAGGCCUGCUAGCCCUGAAGAGGCAGCGCGCUCUAUUCUAGGUGUUGCUAGUCCGUACUUCUCAUAUGUCAAUGGGGAGACGAUCCGCGUUACCGGUGGACGGAACAUGUAG